AUGUCUGACAUAAGUGUUAUAUUGUCUAUAGAUUUUGGAACUCAAUAUUCCAGCUUUAGCUAUGCCCAUGUCUUAAAUAACGCAGUAAUCACGAACAACGAUUGGCCGGGGGUGACUGGCCAACCCAGAAUUGAAACUGCCCUCCAAUAUGAUUCUGAUUUUCAAAACGUGAUAGCAUGGGGAUACGAAGCAUUGGCCACUAAACCUACUUCAAAAAAAUAUAAAAAAAAUAAAACCAAGCCUAUUGAAUUAUUUAAACUGCAUUUGAGGGAUAUUCCUGAAUCUCAAAAACCAACAUUACCGGUCAUUAAUAAUUUUUCAAAUUAUCAUUGCUAUUUAUAUUAUAAUAAUAAAGGAAACUUGGCAAGAGGGACUAUAACGACUCGUUGGCCUAAAGUAGACUUUUACAAUAAUGUUCAUCUUAUACUUACUGUGCCCGCUGAAUGGUCGAAUCGAGAAAUCGAUAUUAUGAGAGAAUGUGUAUUUAAUGCAUCAUUGAUUAAGAAGAAAGAUUCUUCCAAUUUGGAAUUUUUAACCGAACGUGAAGCUGUCGCAAAUUAUUGCAUGAAAAUUGCAAAGGAGUAUUUUAAUAUCAUUGGCAAAAAAUUUAUGAUUGUUAAUUGUGGAAGAGAAACCGUUGAUUUGACAACUCGAGAAUUAUUGGAGAAUGAAUUAGGUAAAAUUGCAUCAAGACAUGCCGAUUUUUGUGGUGGAUCAGAUGUUGAACAGCAAUUCUUAAGAUUCAUUACAAGUAAAGUCGGAACGAGUGCAGUUGAACGAUUAAAAGAGUUUAAUUUUGGUCAUUACCAGAAUAUGAUUCGUCAAUAUUCUGAAUGUAUUCAAAGUCGUUUUACUGGAGAUGAAUUUUUUUACGAAUUUGAUCUAGAAGAUGCUUGCCCGGCUAUAAAAAAAUACGUUUCAGGUCCAUCGAGAGAUGUAUUGGAAAAAGAUGAAUGGAUAAUUGAUUUUGAUACCGAGACCGUAAAAUCAUUAUUUGACCCAGUUAUCAAAAAAAUCACUGAGUUAAUACAUGAAUUAAAUUCAUUUGAACCUUGUUCAGCUAUAUUUCUGAUAGGAGAAUUUAGCGAAUCAAAAUAUUUACAAUCAACAAUCAAGGAACGCUUUAAAAGUAUUGUUAAUCAUAUAUCAAUUCCCCCCCAACCGACUUGUGCAGUUACACGAGGAGCAACCGAAUACGGAUUAAGAAAAACUACUCGUACAAUGAAAGCGACAAGUGAAAUAAACAAAUUGUUGCUCGGUGAAACGAGUGUAGGAAAAUACGGAUUAGGAAAAACUGCUCAUACAAUGAAAGCGACAAGUGAAACAAACAAAUUGUUGCUCGGUGAAACGGGUGAAGGAAAAUACGGAUUAAGAAAAACUGCUCAUACAAUGAAAACGCCAAGUGAAAUAAACAUAUUGUUGCUCGGUGAAACGGGUGUAGGAAAAUCUACAUUUAUAAACGCCUUUGCAAACUAUCUGAGGUAUGAUACUCUAGAUGAUGCGAAA